AUGGCCGCCAGCAGGCGUGAGAGUGUGGAGGAGAACUCUAACACGGUGGUGAAACUGCUGAUCAGGCGUCCCGAGUGUUUUGGUCCCAGCUCUGAGGGGGAGAGGGGGCAACAGUACCUGCUGGCGGCCAUGUUGGAAGCCAUUAAGAUAUCAGAGGACCCUGCUCUGGACCUGCCCUCUACAGCUGAAGGGAGAACCUACUGGGUCUGUCUCAGUGAGAGACGCCUGGCUGGAAACAACAGCUCCCUGGUAGUCUCAGUGAGACGCCUGGCCCAAAACAACAGCCUCCUUGGUAGUCUCACUGAUCAACAGGGUAAAGGCGAGGCCUUGCGUAUCCGGGCCAUCCUGCGCUCCCUGGUUCCUACUACAGACCUGGUUGGCAUCAUCAGUAUUCCACUCAAGAUGCCCAUCGUCAAUAAAGAUGGUGUGACAGAGCCAGACAUGUCGUCAGUUUCUGUCCGACCACAUUCCCUGGUGUUGUUCCUGGAUCGUGUGUACGGCUGGGCAAAGGAGGACCAGAGCUUCCUGCUUCACCUGUUGAGUGGGCUUCCUGCUCCACCUCGUGCCUCUGCUUCCUGGACACGGUCUCUAAUGACGACAGAUGUGCUAAGCACCACAGAGACAGCUCUGGCCAUGAACAGGUACAUUGGUUCGGCCCUGCUUCCCCUGCUGACCAGGUGUGCUGGCCACUUCUCGGGCACGGAGCACUACGCGGCGCUCAUCGACUCUACCCUCCACACUAUCUAUCGGCUGUCCAAGGGACGCUCCCUCACCAAGGCCCAGAGAGACUCUAUCGAGGAGUGUCUGCUUGCCAUCUGCAAACACCUGCGCCCUUCCAUGAUGCAGCAGCUGCUGAGACGUCUGGUGUUCGAUGUUCCCCUGCUGACAGAGUACUGCAAGAUGCCACUCAGGCUGUUGACUGAACACUAUGAGCAGAGCUGGAAGUACUACUGUCUUCCCUCGGGGCUGGGGAGCUCUGGCAUGGCCUCAGAGGAAGAACUGCUGCUCACCAAGAAACUCUUCUGGGGAAUAUUCGACUCGCUCUCAACGAAGAAGUUUGACUCUGACCUGUUCAAGACUGGCAUGUCCUGUCUGAGUGCUACCGCUGGGGCGUUGCCACCUGACUAUGUGGAUGCCAGCCCUGGUGCCACCCUGGAGAAGCAGGCGUCUGUGGAUGCACACGGCAACUUCGACCCCAAACCCAUCAACACUGCCAAUAUCUCCCUUCCAGAGAAACUGGACUACAUUGCCAACAAGUUUGCAGAGCAUUCCCACGUCAAGUGGUCCUCAGAGAAGGUGACAGCGGGUUGGAAAAUGGGAGAGAGUAUGGAUGACAAGGCUAAAACUCACCCACUGCUGAAGCCGUAUAAAUUACUCAGUGAGAAGGAAAGGGAAACAUACCGCUGGCCAGUGAAGGAGUCUUUAAAGAGCAUGCUGGCAAUGGGUUGGAACAUGGAGAGGACCAAAGAGGGAGAGGCCAUGUUCACCGAGAAACAAAGCAAGGUCUCCGAGGCCACUCAGGACAACGAUAACGAAUUCAUCCUGGAACCACCCUUGGACCUGAACAAUAUUACUCUAUCCAGAGAGUUGCAGGGGAUGGUGGAGGUUGUAGCAGAGAACUACCACAACAUCUGGGCUAAGAAGAAGAAGACUGAGCUGAACAGUAAAGGAGGAGGAAGCCACCCGUUGCUGGUGCCCUAUGACACCCUGACAGCCAAGGAGAAGUACAGAGACAGGGAGAAGGCCCAGGAUCUCUUUAAGUUCCUGCAGAUCAAUGGAUAUAUCAUCACCAG